AAAAAAAAAAAAAGAGAAGAAAAUUCAACACUAAGCUUUAUGCUUCAAGUGAAAGGAUACUCGCUCAUAUAGCAGUCCACGUGUACAAACCCUUUUGUUCUCUUUCACGCAAUCCCUUUGUUUUAACUUCCCAAUCCAAACGACAUCCACCCAGUUAUUUAUUUAUUUUUUAUUAGCUCUGCAACAGAAAAUGACCACAGGAGGAUCCAAGAAGAGGCCGCGCGUGGGACACACCGCAUCCUCCGCCACUGCCUCCGCCAAAGCCAGCCGUCUCUCCUCCACCGUCGCCGUUAUCGAUUCCAAUCUCUCCGACAAGACGUUUUCCCAAGUCUCUCAAACCCACCACAACACCCACACUUCCUACUCUCUCCCAGCUUCAACCAACGACGCCGUCUUCAACGACUCGUCGUCCGCCGACGUCCUCCUCCGUCUCUUCGUCGAGGUCUCACACUUUGAAUCCGACCCAGAUUCCCUCUCCACCACCCAAUCCGAUAUACUCCUUUACCUCCAUUCCCACGUGCUCCGUCGUUCCCAGUACUUCGCCGCCCUAUUAUCCGACCGAUGGCAGAAACGCAGUUCCGGCGAUAACGACGACGACGACGACGACGACGACGAUGGAGAAACCACCGGCGAGAAGUUGCUCCGCAUCAAUCUGGGGUUUUCACCCACCUCAGGCUCCAUUGAUUCUCGUAUCACAGUCCUCGAACUGCUCUACACCAGCGAUUUUUCAAACACAAUCAGCAGCGCAACGAUAGCUCUCGAUCUCCUCCCCGUUGCCCUAGAAUUGCUUUUCGAGGAUUGCGUUAGGUCCUGCGUCCGAUUCCUCGAAGCCGUGCCGUGGACCGAUGAGGAGGAAAGGAGGGUUAUGGAUCUGAUACCUUUACUUAGGGAGGAAGAGUCCAAGGAGCUCAUCUCUAGGGUUUCUCCUGGGAAAAACGAUUCGUGCGAAGAAAUGCUUCACGGUUUGAUUCUAGCGGCGAUUCACAACCAUCCCAACAUGGCAUUCGUAAAGGCGUUCGUGGCAAAGUUGUUGAGGGACUUGUCGUCCAAAGAAUCGGCACAGAGGGUUCUGGAGAGAGUGUUCGAGAGGUGCUUGAAAGUGGUGAAGGAGUCUCUGGAGGAGUAUUCGAGCCCUGAUUUUCGAGGGGAUCAUAAUGAGACGGAGGCUAUUCAGAGGCUGAAUCUGCACACCGCCAUGACCAAUGGCAAGCAUUUACUGUGGCUGGUCGAGAGGAUGAUCGAACUCAGAGUGGCCGAUACUGCCGUGAAGGAGUGGAGCGACCAGGACUCCUUUACGGCCGAUUUGCAGAGGGCGUUUCGGGACGAUGCUUGGAGGAAUAUUGUACCUGGGCUCCCUUCUGUGGUGCUUCGCUGCACAUGUAAGCUUGCCAACGCGGUUGCUGCUGGUACCAUUUUGGCUGCCAGACAGGUUAGAAAGAAGCUGGUAAAAGAUUGGCUUCCUGUUCUGAUUGUAUGCAAAGAGAAUGUUUCGCCUCUUUCGCCCGGUAAUAAAUCGCUCUACUUGGAGUUGGAAGAGACAUUCCUGAGAAUCAUCUCCACGCUUUCCAUGUCAGAUGCGCAGGAUUUGUUGCAGCAGUGCCUCAGUUUCUCAACACGAAAUGUUGAAGAUUGUCCUCACUUGGUUACUGCAUUCAACACCUGGUUCCGCCGUGCAGCUUGUCCCCCUCAAGCAGACAACCAACGCUAGUAAUGAACUAGUGCCUCCUUUGCAAUGCCGUUUGUGGUGAUGUUCAGUGCCAUUUAUUUUAUGGCGCUUUAGAAUGAAAUUCUCCCCCUUUUAAUGUCAUUCUGUGUUUAGGAUAAGCAUUGUACAUAGUUAGCAAGUUGUUAGGAUCGGCUCAACCUGUAAAAAUUGGGCCUUUUGAUCGUGUAGUUCUUAUUAUGUCAAUAAUAAUAAUGUUAAUAAUAUAUAUUUUAAUUAAAUUUUAUUUUUCUA